ACUUUCAUGCGUUUCGAAUCGCUUGAAGCUAAUAUUAUCUCUUGUGAUGCGCGCUUAGUUUGCCAAGCUGUGCACCUGUCAAAACGUUCGCUUGCCAUGAUUGAGCACCGAAAAGGCAGUUUUCCCAGCAGAGCUAGCCGGCUAGCAACAUAGCCUCUAUUGAGAAUGUUUAGUGAGGUCGCGUUGGAUUGACCAAACACUGUGUUCCUUUCUCCUCAAAUAGAACAACCAUAGGCUGCUUUUGCAGCUUGUUAGUUGUCCGUAUGUCAACGUUGUUUACCCACUGCUGUCGAGUUAGCACCUCUAUUGCUAACAGCUUAUAUGUAAACACCCCUUGGUUGCUUGUAUUUGUAUGGGAAAUGGAGGAAGUAACAUAAUACCUACGCCACAGGCAACGCAUGUAAUAUUUCAAUGUGGAGAUGAAUGCUUUUCACUGGCUUGUACGUUGCGUUGGAGAACAUGGUCAAAAGUUUCCGGGUCUCCGACCUGCAGAGGCUGCUGGCCUCCAUGGGCCGCAGCAAGAGCGGCUUAAAGCAGGACCUGGUGGGCCGGGCUCUAAGGCUGGUCCAGACGGAAUACAGCCCUGAGCUGCUCAAGAACGUGCGGCAGCUGUACGAGUCGCGCUUUCCCAGAACGUCUGGCUGGCUGGCAGCACGGCGCCCGGAGGGCAUCCCGGUUUCGUACUCGUCCCUCAGCUCGACCCCGUCUGCCACCUCUCAGGAGGCUGAAUACCUCAACGGCAUUACCAAACCAAUGGCCACUCCAGCACCGGAGGUCAAACUGGUGCCGCUGCCCUUCUAUCAGACUUUGGAAACACUGCUUCCACCUACAGAGCUCAUUGCCCAGAAUAACGAGAAACUGCAAGACAGUCAGUGCAUAUUUGAGUUAACACCAAGUCAAGCAGACCAAAUCAGAAACGCAAGUGAAAUUCGCCCGGGAAUUAGAUCAAUCCAGGUGGUUCUUAGAAUAUGUUACACAGACUCCAUUGGGGUUCAAGAGGACCAGUAUCCUCCUAACAUCGCCGUCAAAGUCAACCAGUCCUACUGUCAUGUCCCAGGCUACUACCCCUCUAACAAGCCUGGCGUGGAACCUCGCCGUCCUUGUCGCCCUGUUAACAUUACUCCUUGGUUGCAUCUUUCCACGGUCACCAACAGAAUCACCGUCACCUGGGGAAACUUCGGCAAGCGCUACUCUGUAGCAGUGUAUUUAGUGAGGAUGUUCACUGCGUCGGACCUCUUCAGCCAGCUCAAACUCUGCUCUGUUGAGAGCGCGGAGCGCUGUCGUGAGCGCAUUCAAGACAAGCUACGGUUUGACCCAGAGAGUGAGAUUGCCACUACGGGCCUCAGGGUUUCUCUUAUUUGUCCACUGGUGAAGAUGCGCAUCGGUGUGCCAUGUCGAGUUCUGACCUGCGCCCAUCUACAGUGUUUCGACGCAGUCUUCUUUCUGCAGAUGAAUGAAAAGAAGCCCACAUGGACCUGCCCCGUGUGUGACAAGCCGGCGCCCUUUGAGCUGCUCACUAUAGACGGGUUGUUGUCUGAGAUCUUGAAAGAGACAAGCGAGGAAAUCGAGGAGAUCGAAUACCUCACCGAUGGCUCUUGGCGACCAAUCAGCGACGACAAGGAGAAGGAAAAAGAAAGAGAACGCAGCGAUACGCCUGAGUACUCGUUGGUCGAUAUGUGUACGUGGAAAACGCUCACUGUAUAUUCCCACAUUGCACAGAUUUUCCCAAAAUGCACACAAAGCGAAGUUCACAGAUGAAGGUUGGACUAAAUGUGGGUGGAGCUAAACGUUUGACAAAAGUCAACAAAACAGCCAUUUCA